GGCGUGCCCGGGAGGCCUGUGUGGCGACUCGGCGCGAAUUUCGCUUUCACUUUGGGCCAGGCCGGAGGCGGCGGGGCCGUCCCAAACGACUGCGGCUGGGCACCCGGGGAGUUAAUCUGAAAGAGCUGCAAAUCCCACAGGCUGAACUUCACGUGUCACCGAGAAGGUGAUGUAGAGAGAGACAGAGAGAGAAAGCAAGCAAGAGACCAGAGUCCCGGGAAAGUCCUGCCGCGCCUCGGGGCAAUUAUAAAAAUGUGACCCCCUGGGUUGGCCUCCUAAACACCUCACCUGCUGCAUCCAGCGGUCGGCAUCCAGCUGCUGGUUCAGUGUCUGCGCAGAGCCCGCUCAGCAUGUGCCCACCGCGCGGCCUCCUCCUUGUGGCCACCCUGGUCCUCCUAAACCACCUGGACCACCUCAGUUUGGCCAGAAACCUCCCCAUAGCCACACCAAGCCCAGGAACGUUCCAGUGCCUCUACCACUCCCAAAACCUGCUGAAGGCGGUCGGCAACAUGCUUCAGAAGGCCAGGCAAACUCUACAAUUUUACUCCUGCACCCCUGAAGAGAUUGAUCAUGGAGCUAUCAUAAAAGAUAAAACCAGUACAGUAGAGGCCUGCUUACCACUGGAAUUAACCACGAAUGGGAGUUGCCUGCCUUCCAGAAAGGCCUCUUCUGUGAUGACCCUGUGCCUUAGUAGUAUCUAUGAGGACUUGAAGAUGUACCAGGUGGAGUUCAAGGCCAUAAAUGCAAAGCUUUUGAUGGAUCCUAUGAGGCAGAUCAUUCUGGAUCAAAACAUGCUGGCAGCUAUCGAUGAGCUAAUGCAGGCCCUGAAUUCCAACAGGGAGACCGUGCCACAAAAACCCUCCCUUGAAGAACUGGAUUUUUAUAAGACUAAAGACAAGCUUUGCAUCCUUCUUCAUGCUUUCAGAAUUCGUGCAGUGACUAUCGAUAGGAUGAUGAGCUACCUGAAUUCUUCCUGAAAAGCUGAGGUCUCUCCCAAACUUCAAGUCAUUUUUAUAAAAAUCUGAACCAAAGAAAUUUUAAUAGGAUGUGGGAAGAACUAGGGAGAGGGUGGCUUUACCUCGUCCUACUACCGUGUUACCCCAAAAAUAAGACCUAACUGAAAAAUAAGCCCUAGCAUGAUUUUUCAGGAUGACAUCCCCUGAACACAUGCCCUAAUGCGUCUUUUGGGACAAAAAUUAAUAUAAGACCCGGUCUUAUUUUCAGAGAAACACGGUAGUACAGUAAUUUGCAUGUUGUUUAUAUCUGUCACCACCCAAAAGUUGAACUAUUAUAGUCACAUGAUUCCUUUCAUCAAGUAUGUUUCACAUUUCCUACGGAUAAUUUGUUUUAAAGUUUUAAUGAGCAAAUUGCUAAGGAGGAAAAAAUUUCUUCACUGAAUGUUUUUCUUUUUAAUAGGAGAGCAAGAAUUUAUAAGCUAUUUCUAUAUCAAA